CUUUUCCGUUUGAGUAAAUUUUCUUUUUUCUUUUUUUCUCCUAAUUCUUUUUUUAUUGAUUCUUCCCCACAUUUUCAGAGAUAAAAGAUAAAAAUGGCCAAAUUCACCUUAGAGAAGCAAACUUAUGAAGUUCCUGGUACCAGAACUCCUGGUCAAACAGGUAUUUUGCGUAAUGCCCAACAUACAACUAUCGAGACCUCUUUCUCCCCCAAGGUUAAAUCCAUGAUUGAUCUCUUCAACUAUGGUAUGAACAUCUCUAAGGAUCGCCCUUGUAUGGGUGUCCGUUCAGUUAAAAAUGCUGAAACUGGCGAACGCGGUCCUUAUGUUUGGCAAACCUACCGUCAAGUUCAUCAUCGUAUUACCAACUUUGGUUCCGGUCUUUUGAACCAUAUCAACCACACCAUGAACGACACUCGUACUCAAAAAAUUCCUAUUGGUAUUUGGUCCAUUAAUCGUCCUGAAUGGGCUAUUGCUGAUUUAGCUUGUGCUGCCUACAACAACUACACUGUUGCUCUUUAUGAUACUUUGGGCCCUGAUACCGUCGAAUUCGUCAUUAAUCACGCCGAGCUUGAAACUGUUGUUUGUUCUGGCGAUCAUAUUGCCGAUCUCUUGAAAUUGAGACACAAGUUACCCAAUCUCAAGACAAUCAUCUCCAUGGACUCCAUUGAAGAAGUUUCUCGUCCUGGUGUUGCUUCCAAGAGUGAUAUCAUUAAGGCUUGGGCUGCUGAGAAGGAUAUUAUCUUGAUUGAUUUCAACACAAUUGAAGAAUUGGGUAAGAAGAACAGACGUACUGUUAACUACCCUCAACCUUCCGAUUUGGCCUGUAUCAUGUACACAAGUGGUACCACUGGUAUGCCCAAGGGUGCUAUUUUAACCCACGGUAACUUUGUGUCUGCAGUCUCUGCUAGUUUCAGAAACUUGGGUGGUAACCACAAUGAUUCUGCCAUCUCUUAUUUACCUCUUGCUCAUAUCUUUGGUCGUGUUUGUGAUAUGUUAUGUCUUGGUCUUGGUGCCCGUUUAGGUUAUUUCGCUGGUGAUAUGAAUACUUUGGUUGAAGAUAUCCAAGAGAUGAAGCCCUCCAUCUUUGCUACCGUUCCUCGUUUGUUGAACCGUGUUUAUGGUAAGAUUGUUGCCUCUACCAUCAAUGCCCCUGGUGCCACUGGUGCUUUGGCUCGUCGUGGUAUUGCCACUAAGUUGGCUAACCUUGAGGCCGGUAAUGGUGUCACCCAUGCUUUCUGGGAUCGUUUGAUUUUCAAUAAGGUGAAGCAAGCCCUUGGUGGUAACGUUCGUGUUAUGGUCACUGGUUCUGCUCCCAUCGGUAAGGAUAUUAUGCAAUUCCUCCGUGUUGCUCUCUGUUGUGAUAUUCGUGAAGGUUAUGGUGCUACCGAAACUUGUGCUGCCUCUACUAUUCAUUAUCCUAACGAGUACAAGGCUGGUCAUAUUGGUGGUCCCUUCACCUGUAACGAAAUCAAGUUAGUUGAUAUCCCCGAGAUGAACUACCUCUCUACUGAUCCUUACCCUCGUGGUGAGAUCUGUAUCCGUGGUCCUAACGUCUUCCAAGGUUAUUAUAAGGAUGAGGAAAAGACCAGAGAAGCUAUUGAUGAGGAUAAGUGGUUCCAUACCGGUGAUGUUGGUAUGAUCAACGAGCGUGGUGCUAUUGUCAUUAUCGAUCGUAAGAAGAAUAUUUUCAAGUUAUCCCAAGGUGAAUACAUUGCUCCCGAGAAGAUUGAGAAUGUUUACGCCAAGGAGUCUGUUAUUGGUCAAAUCUACUUGCAUGGUGACUCUCUUCAAAGUUGUCUUGUCGCUAUUGUUGUUCCUGAUCAAGAAACUUUGGAAGCUGCUGUCGCUGCCAAGUUACCUCAUAUCCAUGCCAAGAAGUUGAGUUUCGCUGAGCUCUGUAAAGAACCUGAAGUUACUGCUCUUGUUCUUGCCGCUAUUACCAAGGUUGGUAAGCAAUCUGGAUUGAACGGUUUCGAACAAGCCAAGGCCAUCUAUUUGGAAUCCGAGCCUUUUGCUGUCGAGAAUGAUCUUUUGACUCCUACUUUCAAGGUGAAGCGUCCUCAAGCUAAAAAGCAUUAUGAAGCUGUCAUUGCUCAACUUUAUGACUCUGUAAAUAGCCAGGUUGACCCUGCUAAGGCCAAACUCUAAAGAAGAAGAGAGAAAAAAAAAUAUUAACAUUGUAAAGUUCCCUUUUUGUAUUUAUUAAAAAUAUAAUUUUAUUCCCAAAUUGAUAUAUAAUUGUUAGUUGGUGUAUUGUGAUAGAUGUGAACUUUUUUCAUAGAUACUCAAAUAAAAAAAAAAAAAAAA